AUGAAUGGCAAUAAUAAUAGAGAAAUCAGUGUUAGCAGCCCUGAUUAUGAUGAAAAUAAUCAACUUUUAGAUGAAAUCGGAAGAAUUAAAUCUCUCCAUGAAAAGGUACAUGCAGAGUGGUACAAGAGGAAGAAAUUUUGUGAACAACUCAUCAUUACAAUUAGUAGCAUGACAGAAAUACCAUCAACACAGCUAUUACAAGAGAUGGACAUAGAGGAUGACCCUCACAUUAACAGCACAUAA